CGCGUUCAUGGCUCUGCACCGGAUAGUGGCGGUUCUCUGGGCCGUGCUGACACUCCUGGCGUACGGUGCUGCUGAUCCUGCCGCCAGCUGCGAGGGUCAGACCAGCUGCGGCGCCUGCCUGACGGCUCACUACAGAUGCGCCUGGUGCCGCUCGCCGGCGUUCGGCUACAGCCGGUGCAGCCAGCUGGCGGUGAUGUCGCGCCUCUGCGCCGCCGACGACAUCGUGUCACCCAGCUCGGAGGCCGAGAUCGUCGACGACGGAGAGCCCUCGGACCAGUCCCCCUCCCAGCAGCCGGCGCAGCUGGCGCCGCGGCACCUGCGGGUACGGCUUCGCCCUCAUGAGCAGUAUGAAUUCGAGGUGAGGUUUCGGCAAGCAGAAGACUACCCUCUGGAUCUGUACUACCUCAUGGACCUUACUUACUCCCAGUGGGACGACAAAGACAAGCUGGAGACCCUGGGCAAGGACAUGGCCAUCACGCUACGUAGCCUCACCAAAAACUUCCGCGUCGGGUUCGGCAGCUUCGUGGACAAGCCGGUGAUGCCGUACGUGUCCCAGGUGCCGCAGGACCUGCAGAACCCCUGCGCCAUCUACGGCCGCGAAUGUGUGGCGGCGUACGGCUUCAGGAAUCACCUCAACCUCACCAAUGACGUUGUAUCGCUUCACGGCGCAGGGUGA